AUGGAAAGGAGUGUUGGGAAAUGGUUGAAGCUAAAUAUGAUAAUGGUGAUCAUAUUGUGGUUCACCAAAUUGAGCAUGGGUUUGGCUCAUAAUGACAUGAAUGGAUUUGGAGAGCAGCCACUGUCCAAGAUUGCCAUUCACAAGACCAUUCUUGCGCUCCAUAGUUCUGCCUCCAUUACAGCAGCACCCUUUCUGUUGGGCAAUAAGGGCGAGGAUACCGAAUGGGUGACUGUAGAACUAGAGUCCCCAGAACCAUCCAAAGAUGACUGGGUGGGAGUUUUCUCUCCAGCAAAUUUCAAUUCAUCAACAUGUCCAUCCAACGGCGGCGUUGGCUAUGUAGAGGUUCCAUAUAUAUGCUCAUCCCCAAUAAAGUACAAGUAUGCGAACCACUCCAGUGCAAACUAUACAAAGACUGGAAAAGCUACUUUGAAGUUCCAGUUGAUCAAUCAACGUGCAGAUUUCUCCUUUGCACUAUUUUCUGGCGGAUUAUCAAAUCCUAAACUUGUGGCAGUUUCCAAUUUCAUUUCAUUUGCAAAUCCUAAAGCACCUGUGUAUCCGCGCCUUGCUCUAGGAAAGUCUUGGGAUGAAAUGACAGUUACAUGGACAAGUGGAUAUGACAUAAAUGAAGCUGUACCGUUUGUUGAAUGGGGUCUUAAGGGAGAAAGGCAGACACGAUCUCCUGCAGGAACAUUGACAUUUAGUCGUAACAGCAUGUGUGGUGAACCCGCACGAACUGUUGGCUGGCGUGACCCUGGUUUUAUACACACAAGUUUCCUUAAGGAACUGUGGCCAAAUUUGAGGUACACUUACAGGUUGGGGCAUAUUCUGUCUAAUGGUUCUUACGUGUGGAGUAAGAAGUAUUCAUUCAAGGCAUCCCCAUAUCCUGGACAGAACUCAUUGCAACGUGUUAUCAUAUUUGGUGACAUGGGGAAGGCUGAGCGUGAUGGUUCAAACGAAUAUGCUGAUUAUCAACCUGGUUCACUUAACACCACCGACCAGCUCAUCAAGGAUUUAGAUAAUUUUGACAUUGUUUUCCACAUAGGAGAUCUUCCUUAUGCAAAUGGAUAUAUCUCACAGUGGGACCAAUUCACAGCUCAAGUGCAACAAAUUUCGUCAACUGUGCCAUAUAUGAUUGCAAGUGGAAAUCAUGAACGUGAUUGGCCAAACACCGGAUCCUUUUAUGAUACCCCGGAUUCAGGUGGAGAAUGUGGAGUUCUUGCAGAGACCAUGUACUAUUUUCCUGCUGAGAACAGAGCCAAAUUCUGGUAUGCAACAGAUUAUGGAAUGUUUCGUUUCUGCAUAGCAGACAGUGAGCAUGACUGGAGAGAAGGAUCAGAACAAUACAAAUUCAUUGAGCAUUGCCUUGCAACAGUCGAUAGAAAGCAACAACCAUGGCUAAUCUUUUCAGCACAUCGUCCACUUGGGUACUCAUCUAAUAGUUGGUAUGGCUUGGAGGGAUCAUUUGAAGAGCCCAUGGGAAGGGAAAGUUUGCAGAGGCUUUGGCAGAAAUACAAAGUAGACAUUGCAUUUUAUGGUCACGUCCAUAACUACGAAAGAAUAUGCCCCAUUUAUCAGAAUCAAUGUGUGAAUAAAGAGACAACUCAUUACUCUGGCACAGUGAAUGGAACAAUUCAUGUUGUUGUUGGUGGAGCGGGAAGUCACUUGUCAGAUUUUGCCACUGUACCCCCAGUUUGGAGUCUUUAUAGGGACCGCGACUUUGGGUUUGGAAAACUCACAGCAUUCAAUCACUCAUAUCUUCUGUUUGAGUACAAGAAAAGUAGUGAUGGAAAGGUCUACGACUCCUUUACCAUUUCAAGGGACUACAGAGAUGUUUUGGCCUGUGUGCACGAUGGUUGUGAGAAAACCACUUUAGCAACCUGAA